GCCCUGGAAUUUCAAUGGUAAAAUUGUUUUCCCGGUUUUUUUUGAUAUCUCGCGCUGAUAGAACAAAUAGACACAACAAUAUGCAUGUUGGGAAACGUGGCGCAUUUAUAGUAUUUGAAGGAUGUGAUCGAAGCGGCAAAACAACACAAAGCCGACAUUUGUCCAGUGUGUUGACGAGUAAAGGUGUUGACAUCAAACAAAUUAAUUUCCCGGAUCGCACUACAACAAUUGGCGGGAUGAUAAACGCAUAUUUGACAAACACCCAGGAUCUGAAGGAUGAAGUUAUCCAUCUGCUCUUCUCAGCUAAUCGCUGGGAAUGCGUGGACAGUAUUAAAAAAGAUCUGCUGGCCGGCACGACGGUGAUUUGUGAUCGUUAUUCUUACUCUGGAGCGGCGUAUUCAGCGGCAAAGGGAGUGGAUUUCGAUUGGUGUUGUGCACCUGACCGUGGUCUCCUCGAGCCCGAUGCUGUCUUCUAUCUUAAAGCCAAUCUCGAUGAGCUCACAUCCCGCGGCAGCUACGGAGAGGAGCGCUAUGAGAAACUGGACUUUCAGCGCAAGGUUGGAGAGCAAUUUGAUCGCUUAUACGCACAACGGUCGAGCUAUUGGCAUCUGCUCGAUGCGAGCAAAUCACUCCAGGAGCUGCAGGACCAAAUUGCCGCAGUUGCUGACGGAGUGUUACAGCAGGCGGCAGAGCAGCCGCUGUCGACAAUCAAAUAACGUUGGCUUUCAACUGAUUUACGUUCGGCAGACGAAUCAGUAAUGAUUUAUAAUGUACAUAAAUGCGUCAACGACCGACGCAAAACCAAAUUAUCUCUAGGAUUAUGAAUUGAAAUGGUUGUAAAUUGGUUUCGAUUGUAUGUGUAAAGUCAAAUCUGGCAAAUAAAUAAAUAUAGAUUUGUUAA